AUGUUCAAGAACACAUUCCAGUCGGGUUUCCUGUCCAUCCUCUAUAGCAUUGGAAGCAAGCCGCUGCAGAUAUGGGACAAACAGGUGCGCAAUGGCCACAUCAAGCGUAUAACGGACCAAGACAUCCAGUCGUCAGUGCUGGAGAUCAUGGGCACGAACGUCAGCACCAACUUCAUCACGUGUCCUGCCCAACCGGCUAAGACGCUUGGCAUCAAGCUGCCGUUCCUCGUUAUGAUCAUCAAAAACCUAAAAAAGUACUUUACUUUUGAAGUGCAAGUGCUAGACGAUAAGAACGUUCGUCGUCGCUUUCGAGCGAGCAACUACCAGAGCUCCACGAGGGUCAAACCCUUCAUCUGUACCAUGCCCAUGCGUCUAGACGAAGGUUGGAACCAGAUCCAGUUCAACCUCUCGGAUUUUACGCGUCGUGCGUACGGAACCAACUACAUUGAGACGCUGCGUGUGCAGAUUCACGCCAACUGCCGCAUCCGACGCAUCUACUUCUCCGACCGCCUCUACUCUGAGGAGGAGCUGCCACCUGAGUUCAAGCUGUUCCUGCCGGUGCCGAAGGCCAACAACGCCACUUCUAACGAGCAGCAGAAGGCCGCUACGCCAGCUGAGCAGUUCAUGUAG